UAAGCGCAAAAACGCAGAGGGAAGAACGGCAGCGUACGCUAUGUGGGAGAGUGGUUGGCAAGAGGCGAGCGAUUGGGUGCGAGAGAAGACGGGCGAGGCUGCAUUCGCGGCGGAUGACGAGGGCGAAGAUGGUAUCAAGGAGGAAGACGAGGACGAUCAUCAAGACGAAGACGAUGAAAAGCACGAUGGUGAACAUACGAAACGCCUCGUCGAAGCACUCGAUCUCUGACGCCCUCAUCAAGCUCAAGCACCCUACAGGCGGACACAUCCCCUCCCUCUCCCUCGUCUCUCCUCGUGACUCGGUAACUGCCAAGCUCUGCGGUCAAGUCUUCCCCGUGCGGAUGGUCGCCUCGUCGGACAAGAAUGCCCCGCCCAAGCCUAGCACCCACUUCGUCGAUGCAGCGCCCAAGGAUAGCGUCAUGCUGGUUACGGCGCCCGACAAUGUGCGAUCAGCCGUGUGGGGUGGGCUGAUGACGGCGAGGGCUCAGGCAAAGGGAGUCAAGGGGGUUGUGCUCAAUGGCAAUUGCCGUGAUCUUGCAGAACACUGGGAGAGCAUAACCAUCUUUGCCAAGGGCCACUCAACGCUGGGCCAAUCCCCCUUCACCCGUCCCGCUACUCUGGGCGAGCCUAUUGAGAUUCGCUGCGACUCCAAUAUCCCACCAUCCGACGCAGACCCAGCCUGGCCAACAAUGACCGUGCAACCCUCGGACAUCCUCCUCGCAGACGUAGAUGGCGUCGUCGUGGUACCGCGCAAGCAGGUUGCCGAGGUCGUCGAGCUGACAAAGAAGGGACGCGAGGUGGAUGCGAGGUGCCUAGAGGACUUGAAGCAGGGCAAAGGAGUGGCAGAGACGUUCAAGAAGCAUAGAGGGGCGUAGAGCGUGGGCGUGGGCGUGGGGUUGGGCGUGGGCGUGGGCGUAGGCGCGGGCGUGGGCGUAGGCGCGGG